UCACCCAUCAAUAAUAACGCUAGCCGACAUAAAUAGUACAUAUACGAUUUCCCGUCCACUGAUAUCAUAAAUUUCGCGUUUCUAGGGCAAAAUCGCAGCUCUCUAGUUGAUUCAAUCAGAUUGAAGAUUCCUUGAUCUGUGUUAGGAAGUUACUUGCAGUAUGGGUAAGAGGAAAUCAAGAGCAAAGCCAGCUCCUAGGAAGCGGAUGGACAAACUCGACACUGUAUUCAGUUGCCCCUUUUGCAACCAUGGAACUAGCGUUGAAUGUCGCAUUGAUAUGAAGAACUUGAUUGGUGAGGCAUCUUGCCGAAUUUGCCAGGAAAACUUCAGCACUACUGUCACAGCUUUGACUGAGCCAAUAGACAUAUAUAGUGAAUGGAUCGACGAAUGUGAACGUGUUAACACCGUUGAUGAUGACGGGGUCCCUGUGGAAGAUGAUGAAGUUGAUGUUGAUUACAGAGCGCGUUAAACCCGUUCUGAAUGCUUGGAGAAAUCUGCUUCACUUAGCUGUGUGUCAUGUAUGGUUUUGUAUUUCAUGAACUUGUUUAGAGACCUAUGUAAGUCCCAACUUAUAUUGGGGAGCUUGUUAGUGAUCUAAUGUUAUAAAUAUGAAAAGUGAAACUUUGUAAACGUUCGGUCUCUUUAUGGUAAGUGUGUUUGGUUUUGAGUCUAA